UACACACCCACACACACGCACCAUGCCUGGAACCAACAAAGUUAGCCGCCGGGACACCUGCCCGAUUUGCUUGGAUCACUUGGUGGAGGCUGGGGCCCGUGCCCUGGCAGGCCAUGUGGUGCGCCUCCGAGCCUGCGGCCACUACUUUCACCGGGAAUGCAUCAAUGACUGGCUGCAAAAUGCCCACACCUGCCCCACCUGCCGUGUGCAGCACCCAGAAGUCCCCAUGACCUGCAUCAAUCUCGGUAGCAUCUCGCUCAGCCGUGCCGAUGCCCCUGAGCCCGGCACGCUCUCGCCGGCCGUGGAGACCUACAUUGAAGCCGUGGUGGAGGCCAGCGACUACAGUCAAGCUGACAAGCAGAAGCUGCGUCUUCGCGGCACGCGGGUCGAACUCUUUGCCCCCGUUUCGUCGGCCCCGUCCCAAGACAAGGGCAAGGGCAAGGACAAACCAACCCACCAGCGCCUGCUCAACCUCCGCCUUGAAAACCUCAUUAGUUACCAUUCACUGCGGGAGGCCGUGAUCUUGAUGGAGCAGGUGGAUGAUGACGGGCACAAACGCCUGGUUCACCACAUCUUCCAAUUUGAGUCCGAGCUGUCUGCCAGCCGCUGCGUCGGCCGUUUGCGCGAUGCCAGUACCGCGGUGCUGGAGAAACUGCAGCGCCGCAACGACUCGCUCAUGGCUUCGACCGUCUCCAUUCUCUCAAGUCAAAGCGACUACAGUGACGUCAGCCUGGCCAACAGCGCCACCAGCAGCGCCGCCAGCAGUACUGUCAACAGCAACCGAAACUCCAUCAUCGCCUGAUUGUCGACAUGACCAUGGUACUCAACUAGGUGGCUUCGCGGCCGGCCUGUAUCGACCGGCCGCCUCCACCCCCCCCUUUGAGAUCUUCCUUCUUAAGCUAGCUAGUUUAGUUUGGCUCCGGUGCAACCGUCAGCGUGCCAUGCACGUGUGUACGUAUUCCAAGGUUGUUGAUCCGUGAGUUCUUCUUUAGGCUCUUUCACUAGUUCUUGUUCUUUACUCUCGUCCUUUGAAUCUCCCAUGCUUGAGCGUGCGGAGAGUCGUGUUUCUGCUUUAUCAUCUCUUUUGAUACUCUCAAGGCACCUACAGGUGACCUUGUGCCACCCUGCCAUUACUCGGCGAUUGAAUCGUCAAACCUGAGGUCUCAAAACCCCGUGUUUUUCACGCGGGUGCUGGGAAAGCCUUUGUGCGCCGUGCGCAUGACAUUGGUUUCGAUGGGUUGUUCCCAUGAAGCGCUGCAGCCAGCUCUGUAGAUGCCCGAAUCGAUUCUAUACCAC